GAAGAAGAAAAAGGAGGAAAGGAGGAGAAGAACCAGGAAGCUUUAAGAAAAUGUGAGGUGCCACGACUAUUUAACAGUAGAAUGGACAAGGUGAUCAACUGCUUCAGUAAGAGACCUGAUGCCGUGGCCAGGCUGAUAUGCUUCCCAUGGGCAGGUGGAGGCUCCAUACACUAUGCACGCUGGGGGAAAAUCCUCACCUCCAUUGAAGUGUAUGCUGUUAAACUUCCUGGCCGGGAGGCUCGAGCCAAAGAGCCCUUCUUUCAAAGCAUGGAGCAGAUUGUAGAUGAGGUCAUCAAUGUGCUACUGCCGGUGCUCAAGGAGAAACCGUUUGCCCUCUUUGGCCACAGCUUUGGCGCCAUGACCAGCUUUGCUAUAGCAGAUACUUUGAAAAGAGUCCACAAGCUGGAACCAAUUCACAUCUUCCUGUCUGGUGCCUCUGCACCCUACUCUGAGAUGCGUAUCCAAGCCCCAAAGAGAAGUGAUUUAUCAGACGAGGAGUUUCUCCAGUGGAUGACCAGGAUUGGUGGGACUCCCCCCGAGUUACUGGCCAAUCCUGAGGUUGUAAAGCUCUUCCUACCUGCGCUGAAAGCCGACCUCCACGUGGUGGAGAACUACAGGUGUGACAGGCCAGAGAGUCCUCUCCUCUCAUGCCCAGUCACAUGCUUCGAUGGAAAGCAGGACAUGCCUCAUGACUUACAAGCAUGGAAUGAAAUAUCAUCUGGAGAUUUUACAGUGCAAAUGCUACCUGGAGCUCACUUUUAUUUAAAAGAUGCAGCCAAUGAGAAGAUCAUAUUGGACUACAUCGCAAAGUAUCUGGAGAUGGCGGAAAUGGACUACUUGUAGCUAUGACGGGCACAGUGGCAGUACAGGAAAUGUAUCAUGUUAUGUUUUCAUUGUAGUAACACAACCAGUUUUACUUAGUCCAAUAAGCAUUUCAACAGUAGUAUCUAUGCCUUUGAGCAAUAAUGCAAAUGAUGGAAGUAGGGUUUGUUGACCAUGUGAAUCUAGCCAAUGCGUCUAGGAUUUUACGAGUGAUGUAAGAUGUAUUACAGCCUAAAAUGGAAUCCAGAGAGAUUGCCUGACUAGUCCUCAAAUCAAAUAAAUCAAAUUUUAUUGGUCACGUACACAUGAUUAGCAGAUGUUAUUGCAAGUGUAGCAAAAUGCUUGUGCUUCUUGUUCCGACAAUGCAGCAAUAUCUAACAAUUACACAACAAAUACCUAAUACACAAAUGUAAGGAAUGGAAUAACAAUAUAUAAAUAUAUGGAUGGGCAAUGAUAGUGGCAUAGCCUAAGAUGCAAUAGAUAGUAUAAAAUACAGUAUAUAUGUAUGAGAUGAGUAAUGCAAGAUAUGUAAACAUUAUUAAAGUGACUAGUGUUCCAUUAUUCAAGUGGCCAAUGAUUUCAAGUCUGCAUGUAGGCAGCAGCCUCUAAUGUAGUAGUGAUGGCUGUUUUAACAGUCUAAUGUCCUUGAGCUAGAAGUUGUUUUUCAGUCUCUUGGUCCCAGCUUUAAUGCACCUGUACUGACCUUGCCUUCUGGAUGAUAGCAAGGUGAACAGGCAGUGGCUCAGGUGGUUGUUGUCCUUGAUGAUAUUUUUGGCCUUCCUGUGACAUCGGGUGUUGUAGGUGUCCUGAAGGGCAGGUAGUUUGCCCCCGGACGCGUUGUGCAGACCACACCACCCUCUGGAGAGCCCUGCGGCUGUGGGCGGUGCAGUUGCUGUACCAGGCGGUGAUAUAGCCCGACAGGAUGCUCUCAAUUGUGCAUCUGUUAAAGUCUGUGAGGGUUUUGGGUGACAAGCCAAAUUUCUUCAGCCUCCUGAGGUUGAAGAAGGGCUGUUGCGCCACCUUCACCACACUGUCUGUGUGAGUUUGUCAGUGAUUUGUAUGCCGAGGAACAUAACUUUCCACCUUCUCCACUGCUGUUCCUUGAUGUGGCUGGGGGGUGCUCCAUCUGCUGUUUCCUGAAGUCCACAAUCAUCUCCUUUGUUUUGUUGAUGUUGAGUGAGAGGUUAUUUUCCUGACAGCACACACCCGUGUGGGCCCCCAGUGUUGAGGAUCAGUGAAGUGGAGAUAUUGUUUCCUACUGUCACCACCUGGGGGCGGCCCGUCAGGAAGUCCAGGACCCAAUUGCACAGGGUGGGGUUAAGACCCAGGGCCUCAAGCUUAAUGAUAAGUGAUAAGCUUGGAGGGUACUAUGGUGUUGAAUGCUGAGCUAUAGUCAAUAUAGUCUUCUGUAUACCAAUGUUUGCCUCCCAAAUUGCACCUUAUUCCCUUUUAUAGUGUACUGCUUUUGACCAGCGCUAUGUAGAGAACAGGGUGCCAUUUGGGACAGUCUGUUACCAUUACUGUACCAAUGACAUUCUACUGAGCCUGAUGUCCAUGAGGAUGGAGAAUAUCUGUGCCAGUUUUGGCACUAUCUGUGCAUCUUGUCACUUUGUGUUCUGAUCAAAAGUGUUAGCAUGCUAACUUCCUGUAGACUUCUAGUCUUUGUGCUAAGCUAGUUAGCAUUUUCACACACAAUGUCCUCUAACUUCCAUACUGGAUGCAGAUACAUAAAAAUGGCAUUAAUGAAUUCAUCAGACUGUGGGAGGCACACACAGUACUAGGCGCACAGUAGAGCCAUGACUACAUGGAACUCUAGUCCACAUCAAGUAACUGAUGCAAGCAGUAAAAUGUGAUUUCAAAAACAGACAACAAAAAAAACACCUUAUGGAACGGCAACACAAACAUAGGCACAGACACACGAUACAUACACAUGGAUUUAGUACUGUAGAUAUGUGGUAUGGGCCUGAGGGCACACGGUGUGUUGUGAAUGUAUUGUUUUAAUGUUUUAAACUGUAAAAACUGCCUUACUUUUGCUGGACACCAGGAAGGCAGCAGCUAAUGGGGAUCCAUAAUAAAUACAAACCAACUAUGGAAGUGUAUUGUAGCUCAUUCGGAGGUAGCCUCGACUGGGAUUAUAACCUCGACCGGGGGUCAAACGUCUUGACGAACUUGCAAAAAACGGAUGGUUAGGCUAGUGAAUGGGAAUCUCAACACAAUAAAUGAUGCAGUGGUGGGAUUCUAACUUCGACCGGGGGUCAAAUGUCUCGACGAACUUGCAAAAAACAGAUGGUUAGGCUAGUGAAUGGGAAUCUCAACACAAUAAAUGAUGCAGUGGUGAACUUACCAUUAGACAGAAGAGGAAAUUGCCACAGGCCUCACAUCAAGUCCUGCCUCUCCCAUCUCCUCAUUGGUUUAUAUAAGCAGAUACCCACGUGCCAUCUCCAUUGGUUUUACCCACGUGGGUGAUUGAAAGAUAAACUGAACUGAUGUCGGUCAACCUUUUUGUGUGUGGAUUAAUGUACACGCACUAUGUUGACUGUGCUUUUAAACAGCUUGGAAAAUUCCAGGAAAUUAUGUCAUGGCUUUAGAAGCUUCUGCUAUUUUAUGUCAAUUGGAGGUGUACCUGUGGAUGUAUUUCAAGGCCUACCUUCAAACUCAGUGCCUCUUUGCUUGAUAUCAUGAGUAAAUCAAAAGAAAUCAUCCCAGACCUCAGGAAAGAAAAUUGUAGGCCACAAGUCUGGUUCAUCCUUGGGAAGGAGGCCUACAAACCUGACUCAGUUACACAAGCUCUGUCAGGAGGAAUGGGCCAAAAUUCACCCAACUUAUUGUGGGGAGCUUGUGGAAGGCCACCUGAAACGUUUGACCCAAGUUAAUCAAUUUAAAGGCAAUGCUACCAAAUACUAAUUGAGUGUAUGUAAACUUCUGACCCACUGGGAAUGUGAUGAAAUAAAAGCUGAAAUAAAUAAUUCUCAACUAUUA